AUGAAGACUGCCCUGGCCCUGUGUCUGCUGGUUGCUAGCCUCUCCCUCACGCUCUCAUUGGAUUACAAAGCUUUGAACCAGUUCCGUAAAAUGAUCUUGUGCGUGAUGCCGGACAGCUGGCCUGCCCUGGAUUACACGGACUACGGAUGCUUCUGCGGGUAUGGCGGCUCCGGGGCCCCAGUGGACGACCUCGACAGGUGCUGUCAGGUGCAUGACCAGUGCUACUCUGAUGCCAUGCAGCACCCUGACUGUUGGCCCAUCUUCGAUAACCCGUACACCGAGCUGUAUCACUACAGCUGCGACAAGGACAAGAAGAAGGUCUCCUGCCUCAGCGCCAAUGACGAGUGUGAGAUGUUCAUCUGUGAGUGCGACAGAGUUGCGGCCGAGUGUUUUGCUCGAUCUGAGUGGAACCCGGAGCAUGAGCACCUGCCCAGUGACCAGUGCCACUGA